GCUGUUUACGUCUGGUUAUUUAGCAGCUAAGCCUGAUGAACGUGUGUAUGACGUUCGAUCUCUCGACGUUAGAACGUGUUUGUUUAUUAAAUUUCUCUCAUAAUUGUAUCAUUUUAUCAUCGAGUAAGUGUUUAAAUAUCGUAGACGAUGAUCGGCACCAUUUUAAAAUCGUUCAGAAGGACAAGAGAGGUGCUUCAUUGAUUUAUCAUACGUAGAGAUUCAGUCAAGUAAUGUAAAAGGAAUGAUUCAGAUAUGAUUCCCGUAGAGAUAAGGUAGCAUUUCGGCAAAAUCCCAAAGAUGGGAGGACGUUGGGCUCGAAAAUAUUUGGUGCUCCUGGCCGUUUUGGGAUGCAUCGGUUUACUUUUCCUCUAUUACUCCAAAUCUCCUUGCAUCAGCUACGAUAACAGACCCAUGAUGUUACCCCCGCAGAAAUACAUCGUGGGUCCCGAUAAUAAAAAAUAUGUUUACGACAGAAACAUGCAACUAAUCUUCAUUGGGGGAAUGCCCCGCAGCGGGACCACUCUGUUGAGAGUGCUGUUGGAUGCACAUCCCGACAUCAGAUGCGGAGAGGAGACCAGGGUCAUCCCCAGGUUACUCAGUAUUAAACAGCAGUGGCUAAAAGCACCGAUCGAGUACAAGAGACUACAGGAAGCGGGAAUCACCGGAGAGGUUCUCGAUAACGCCGUGGCCGCCUUCAUACUCGAGAUUAUAGCAAGGCACGGAGAGCCCGCACCGCGUCUGUGCAACAAAGACCCCUUCACUUUAAGGUCUGCCGUGUAUUUAAAUUCCCUCUUCCCCAGAGCCAAGUACAUAUUGUUGAUACGCGACGGCAGGGCGGUGGUGCAUUCCAUCAUCACGCGCAAAGUCACCAUAACCGGUUUCGAUCUCACCGACUACAGACAGUGUCUCAAGAAGUGGAACGUGGCCAUGCAGGCCAUGUACUACCAGUGCCAACAGUUGGGUCCCAAAAUAUGCUACCCCGUUUAUUACGAACAGUUGGUGCUCCAUCCCAAACAGGGAAUGGAGAAGAUACUAGAAUUUCUGGAGGUUCCCUGGAACGAUUCCGUUCUGCACCACGAAGAUUUGGUGGACAAACCGGGAGGAAUAUCCCUAUCCAAGUUGGAGCGAUCCACGGACCAAGUCAUCAAACCUAUUAAUCUUGAGGCUCUGAGCAAGUGGGUGGGUAAUAUACCCGAAGACGUUGUUCGAGACAUGGCCAACAUAGCGCCCAUGUUGGCCGUUUUAGGUUACGAUCCCAACGGGAAUCCCCCGAAUUACGGAAAACCGGACAGUUUCGUGUUGAGGAACACCAAAGAAAUAGUGGACAACCAAGUGAUUUGGGCGGAGAAGGAGAAGAAACUAAUAGAAGAGCGCGAGAAAAUUCGCAAACAGGCGGUACAAAACAAAGUGAAAGACUUAUCUUCCAGUACGGACAACGUGGAGCACUUCAAAAACAUUUCUUCCAGGUUAGCUAAAUUAAAUCUACUAAAACAGAUGCCAAUAUAAAAACACAAAGGUACUGUGAUCCAUUUUAAACUGGGUAUAUAACUUUUAACGAUGCGGACCAACAAGGUAUAUAAACACGUUACACUUCUACAUUCUGUCGGAUGGGUGAAGCCACACAGGACACAAAAUUUCCAUCGAUUUGAUAGGAUUACGUGUAUAUUAUCUAAAUUGUUUUAUCGAUUAUGAAUAUUAAAAAAAAAAUUCGAAAAAA